CACGACUCCCAGCACCCUCUGCGCGAUUCUACAUUGUCUCGGUAGGAGGCCAAGCGAGAGGCGGUUAAAUAUUUAAGGAAUUUUUGGAGAAGUCGCCUUUCUGGAUGGCAGCGUGUAAGGAGGAGCUUGAAGCCCCAACAGAACAGCAGGAUGUAGCGCGCGGCGAGGAAAAUUUGCCCAUUAGCGCGUGGCCGCCAGGGGCGGGCCCGGAGCCCUUCCAGUAUACCCCUGAUCAUGUAGUUGGACCUGGAGCAGACAUUGAUCCAUCUCAGAUAACCUUUCCUGGAUGCAUUUGUGUCAAAGCUCUGUGUCUCCCUGGAACUUGUUCCUGUCUCCGCCAUGAAGAGGCCUAUGAUGACAAUUUGUGCCUUAGAGAUACAGGAUCAGAAGCAAAGUAUGCCAAGCCUGUUUUUGAAUGCAAUGUCCUUUGCCAGUGUGGUGACCACUGCAGAAAUAGAGUGGUCCAGAGGGGUAUACAAUUCUACCUCCAGGUGUUCAAGACAGAUAAAAAAGGCUGGGGACUUCGUACCUUGGAACUUAUACCAAAAGGAAAGUUUGUCUGUGAAUAUGCUGGUGAGGUUUUAGGAUUCCCUGAAGUACAAAGAAGAAUUAACUUACAAACAACAAAUGACUCAAAUUACAUUAUAGCCAUCAGGGAACAUAUUUAUAACGGACAGAUAAUGGAAACAUUUGUUGACCCUACCUAUAUAGGAAAUAUUGGAAGAUUCCUUAAUCAUUCUUGUGAACCAAACCUGUUGAUGGUACCAGUUCGAAUUGACUCAAUGGUACCUAGGUUAGCACUUUUUGCAGCUAAAGACAUUUUUCCAGGAGAAGAACUGUCUUACGACUAUUCAGGAAGAUAUCUUAAUCUAAUGGACAGUGAAGACGCAGAGAGACCAGAUAAUGGGAAACUAAGAAAACCUUGUUACUGUGGUGCCAAAUCAUGUACUGGUUUCUUGCCGUAUGACAGUUCAUUAUACUGCCCCUUAGAGAAGCCAAACAUCAAUUAGGAAGUCUCCUCAGUGGGCCAGGAAUAAGAGGGAUACAAGCAUGUGUAGUCUUCCUGCUUCUAGGUUCACCUUAUGCAAGCAGUGUAGUCUCCAGGUAACUCUGCCAUGUGGUAAGCAGCUUGCCCCUCCCUGAAAGGAAAGCCAGUGGUUCUCCAGCCUUUCCUCUGCCUUAUUACAUACGUUUAAAUGAAGGAUGUGGCAAAGACUCUGAAUUAUCCACCAGUAUCAUUUCUCUCCUUUUACAAUAGAAUUCUCAUUUUAUAUGACUCCCCAGAAUGCUUGCUUUCUUACUUAGAUGUGACUAAGUGAUUUGUGUUCUAGCUAGUGAGAUAUAACAAUUAGUAUGUCCUUAAGUGGAGAUAAGUUGCCCUUCCUUUUUGUUCCACUCUUAAACUAGAGUACAUUCAUGAUGGCUAAAACUGGGGUAACAGUCUGGGGCAAGUGACCCUGGGAAAUGGUCAUACACAGCAAAUCAACAAGAUAAAGAGGAGCAUAGAUAUCUGGUACUUUAUAAAUGCUACUGGACCUGAUUGACACUUCUGGACUUUUAGAUAGGAAAUAGUGUAUCCCUUGUCUACCAUACACUCAGCAUACUCCAAAGCUUAUAAAGCUGUGCUUCAGAACUCUAAGACAACUUUACUUCAUAUAUUAAUAUCAAGUAACCCUGUUGACAACAUAGAAAGAGAUAGGAGUUUUAUAAUCAAAUUUAAACUUUAAAGGAGAAAAGUCUCUAACUGGAUUCCUUAAAGCAAAGAUAUCACAAAAAUAUAAUUUCUAUGAAGGUUAAUUACACAUUUUGAAAGAAAAGAAGUUUAGUCCCUAAAGUAUUAUUUAAUAAUUCCAUUUCUUCUAUAGCACAAAUAAGCCUCAGGGUCUUGCAUUUAAAAAUUAAUCCAUAGAGAUCCAUGUUAUAUUUAACACCCUAUCUCUGGGUAAUACCUUAAGUAUUUUAGUUGUAUACUAUAAAUCAGUAAAUUAAAUAUAUGUGAAUUAUGAUUCUUUGUGAACAAAAGAGUACUCAUAAAAUGCUCCAAACUACAAAUAUACAAUGUCAGAAUUUUUCUCCUAUGUAUUAUGUCCAUUCUUUUGAUUUGACUGACUCUGUCCUGGUAUGUCACAUUUGGUUUUACUUUCUUCAAAAAAAAAAAAGUUAUAAGAGCUGUGGGAGUAAUAAAACCCAAAGUGUGUAAUUGUCAUUGUACAAAAGAAAGGAAAAGAAAGUUCUCUAAAAGAUAUAACUGCAUAUAUAUUUAAGUGUAUAAGAUAGAUAACCAUAUUACUGAUUUUUGUUGGAUCAUUGAAUAAAACUGUUUGCAGUCUCACUGUUUAAAAGUCCCCUCUAUAUGCUUUAAUUUUGUAACUUCAACAACUAUUUCUAAGAUGACAAUUUGUAAUUAACUAGUGAUUUCCUACUGUUUAUUUUUUCUGAAAGUCUGUAUAACUUGCAACCUUUUUCCGUUUUUUUUUUUUUUCUUUUUUCUCCUUAAAUAAAAUUAAAAAAAAAAAAAAAAAAAAGAAUUUUUCUUCAAGCUCACUAGCUUUCCCUGGCAACCUUCCUGUUACCCUGAUUUUUCUGAAGCCAUCCAGUUUUAAAUUUUACGUAAGUGCAUUAUUACUUGAAAUUUAUACUUGCUUAAGACCAAUUUACUUUUUGAAGACAUAUUUUAAAGAGAAAGAUAUUUAAAAUUUUUAACAAAGGAGCAUAUUUUGCUCGUCUUACUGGCCUCUUUCUCGAAAUAUAAAACUCAUCAAAGUUCACUUUGCCUUAUGAGUCUUAAGCUUCUUUUAUGACAAAAUUAUUUCUGAAACUUAAUUGUAAAUGUAUACUUGAGAGCACUCUUAUUGGGUUACUGUUUCAAAAAUAUUGUAGUUGUUCAAUAGAAAAUGUUUGUCAGUCACCAAGUUGGGUUUAAGGCGAUUCUGGAAAGUUCCCCCUGCAUCCUGUUAUCAGGUGUAUCAGUUUGUAUGACUGGUGAUCACUUUCAUCUAGGGAGCACUGUAAACAUUAGAACUAACCUGAUUUUUCAAAUUCACUUACCCACUGACUGUUGUGACCCCAUUAUUCAGGAGCUAGUUCAUUUGUCAUUUUCUCACAGUAUACUAACUUCUGUCCACUCAAUGCAUAUCACUUUUAUUGUACGUCUGUACACUUCCAAUUUGUGUAAGGCAAUUUGCAUCCCUCAUUAUAAAAUGGCCUUUCUUCUCACAAGUUCUAACUGAGCUGCUUCAGAAACAAUAAAGAAAUGGUAAGAAUGGAAA